AUGAGCGGCUUGAGCGUCACGGUCGAUGAAGCACUGUCGUUGGUGAAAGUUCCCUUGCGGGGCUUCUACUCAGCUGGGGUGGUGCAGUCCGUCUUUAAGUUCUGGUGUGCAGACAUAACUGACGAAGACGACCUGGUGCCCGCCGAGAAGCUGCAAACUUUCGUCGCAAGCUGCAAAGCCCUCCAGUGCCCCGAGGAAAGGGCUCGUCACCGGUGUGCGGCGUGCGCUUACCCUGUCCACGAGGAGCCCGCCUUUGGCGGCUUCUGCUGCAGACUGUGCCACGAAAGCUGGAAGAAGGGCAGCCGCACUCGCCACGGCAAAAAAUGCCAAGCAUGGGACAUCAGGGGCGAUGAUCGCCUUCUGCGUGUCGCGGCGCUGCCGGUGCCUCCGCUGCCUCCGCUUGAGGAGACGCCUCGGCCGAGCACUGCCAAGAGGCCAGUGGAGAAUCUUGCAGGCUCUUCGAGCAGCUUGACGGUGUCUGCUCAAGGCUCAGCCUUGUACGUCGACAGCGCUCCACCCCAGACUCAACAUCUUGGUGACGGUGCCGAAGGACUGUCCUGGGAGAAUUUUGUCUUCUGGGCUCGACGAACGACCGGCGCCGGCUCCGAUCCCGUGCUUUGCAUCGUGCACUGCAACGAGGAGCCCCUAAAGGGGGUCUUCGGGAGCGCACGGGCCUGGGCGAGCUCCUUCUUCGGGAAGGAGGCGGUGUCUCACCACGACAUGGUCCAUGAGCGCUGGUGUGGCCUCCGCGAGGCAAUCGAGCAGGCUUGCCCGUACACGAGCGCGUGGUCCGGCAUCUUCAUCUACGAGGUUGUCGCGGAGGGCUUUGUCGGGCUUGGCAUCGGUCGGACGAUGGAGUUCCGCACGCGUGCAGCUCUGGUGGCCUUGAGUGUCGCGGCCUGCUGCGGCGGCAAGGAGUACGGGCAGGAUCCCGACCUCGAGCAGCUCAUACAGGUUGCCAACAGGAAGCAGUGCCUGGACCUGCCUGGGCCUUCGGCCAAGCGCAAAGUCGAGGAGGAGCCGAACACCAAGCUGAUCAACUAUCUGCAGAAGAUCAGCGAGCUGCAUUCGCAGGAGCUGGAAGCUCUCAAGCAGCUUCUGUCUGACAAGAGCAGCAGCGAGACCUCCGCAGGGGAGGCUCUGAAGGCCAGUGCCACUUUGGAGGCUCCGAGCUCCUCUGGGGGUGGAAGCUCCUCGAGCUCCCAAGGCAGCUCGCACUCCGCGACUCCCAUUACGCCUUCCGGACCACAGCAUGCCAGCCGAGAUUACCUGCGGCCGACUCCCAAAUACAGGUCACAGCCGCUCCAGACCCGGCGGACGCCGCUGGUCCCGAAGGAGCCCUCCACCCCGCCGCCGGGCUGGAAGCCGACACCGAAGGAGCCGCCCACUCCGCCGCCAGGCUGGCAGGGGCCAGUCCCCCCAGCUGAGGUUGCCCCUGCUGCUCCCAGCUUCCUUCUCGGUGCUCGGGAGGCCUUAGAGUUUUUGGUUGAAAGGCGGAGAAGGGUGCCUGUCGACCGGAUCCAGUUCACGCAAGACACUUGCGCGGACGUGUUCAGCGAUGGCAGGCGCUGCGAGGAUACUUUCCAGAAGGUGGUACGAGGACACAUCUCCCUCGAUGCAGAGUUUCUCGAGCUGGAGUGCGUAGAGACGAGUUCGGGCGAGGUGAAGAGCUUCAACAACCGCCGGCUCCGCCUCUGGAAGCGCUUGCAGCAGCGCUCUUCAACGCAGCUGAUGGUCACCUGCAAGGUGCGUACGAUGGACCCCGACUUCGAGAGCUGCCUUGAGCAAGUCUACGAGUUGCAGGACAGAGAGUGCUUCCACCAGCAGAAAGAGCUCAUGAUGAAGGUCCUCUUUCAUAGAGACAGUGAGUAUCGAGGUGAUAUCCGGGUUCGACAUAGCAAGCGAAGGCACAACUGCUGGUGGUCCUAA